CCCGUGGUGGCCGACCGCGGCGCCGGCUCGUAUGUGUGGAGCACCGACGGGCGCAAGCACCUGGACUUUGCGUGCGGGAUUGGGGUGCUGAGCACGGGGCACUGCCACCCGCGGGUGGUCAAGGCGAUCCAGGAGCAGGCUGCCCAGAUCAUCAUGGCCCAGCAAAACAUCUUCCCAGCAAGCAGGCCCAUGGUGGACCUGCUGCAGCGCCUGGACCGCAUCAUGCCUCCCCAGCUGACCUCCCACUUCUUUUGCAACUCGGGGGCAGAGGCGGUCGAGAAUGCCAUGAAGAUAGCGCGCAACUACACGGGGAAGCAGAACAUCAUCGCCUUUGACGGCGCCUACCACGGCCGCACCUAUGGCGCCAUGUCCCUGACCACCAGCAAGACUGUGUACCGCCAGACCUUUGGCCCCUUCCCCAGCGGCGUGGUCACCGCGCCCUACCCGUACUGCCUGCACUGCAAGACGCGGCAGGCGCGGCAGUGCUGCGGCGGGCCGCUGGAGUCGCUGGAGUGGAUGCUCAAGACGCACUCGGCGCCCUCGGAGACUGCCGCCAUCAUCCUGGAGCCUAUCCUGGGGGAGGGCGGCUUCCUGACGCCGCCGCCGGGCUUCCUGGGCGCGCUGCGCGCGCUGUGCGACAAGCACGGCAUGCUGCUCAUAUUCGACGAGGUGCAGUGCGGCGUGGGGCGCACCGGCAAGUGGUGGGGCCACCAGCAUCUGACCGACCCCGACGUGCUCCUGUUUGCCAAGGGCAUCGCUAGCGGCGUGCCGUUUGCAGGCGUGUCUGCCAAGCCGCAGCUGUACGAUAAGAUGAGCGCGGGCAUGAUGGGCGGCACCUAUGGCGGCAGCGCCAUCGGCUGCGCCGCGGCGGCCGCCACCAUCGAUGUGGUCACCGAGGAGGGCCUGCUGCAGAACGCCGCAGAACGCGGGCAGCAGCUGGCGGCGGGGCUCCUGAAGCUGGGCGAGAAGUACCCUAUUGCAGAUGUGAGGGGGCGCGGCCUCAUGCUGGCGGCCGAGUUUGGGGAGCCGCAGCCGGGCGGCGGCAUCGCGGCGCGGCCCCACACGGCGGCCGACCUGGCGCACGCCGCGGGCCAGCGCGGCCUGCUGCUGCUGGGAGCGGGCGCCCGCGAGACGAUUCGCUUCCUGCCGCCGCUCAACGUCAGCGAGGGCGAGGUGGAGGAGGGGCUGGCCAUCUUUGAGCAGUGCCUGGAG